AUGUCCGAUCCACUCUGGCCGUGGCCUCCACGACCGAUUGCUCCAGCACCUAAGGGCGGCAGAGACGAAACUCAGACUGCUUCCCUUUCCGGACAUCCCCCAACGGGCCAGGGUUCAUCCGACGAGACUCCUCUGCCCCUUCGAAAGCACAAAACAACAGCCUGUGAGACAUGCAAGCAGAAGAAACUCAAGUGUCGUGGUGGCCCCCCAUGCGACUACUGUCUCAUCAACGGCAUCGAUUGCCGAACAAACGAGCUGAGCGACAUGCGCCGUAAAGGUGCCAUAGAGCGCAAAAUUGAACAGCUUGAGGAUGCCGAGCGUCUUCUGCUAGACUUGGUCGAAACCCUAAAGAAGGACGACCAAAAUGUACGCACCUGCCAGCUGAUCAACUUGAUCCGCAGCAACGCGUCUCUAAGUGAAAUUCGCGUUUUCCUCGAACGGCAGUUCUCUCCGGAGGAGCUGGAGAGGAUGCCCGAAGUCGUCGAGACUCAGAACCACCUCGCACGGAUACCGAAAGAAGAAUCUUACGCUCGUCCGCGUCGAUAUGUGAUGGCCAUCCAGCGCUUGGCCGAUAUCCCCAUCUAUCGUGUACCCGCGAAGCCCUGGACGACCGUGACCGACGACGAUUUGGUGUCUCAUCUGAUUUCGAUAUGGCUCACCUGGAGCCACCCCUGGUUUCGUUGGGUCAACCGGGACCUUUUCAUUCGGGACAUGCAAGCCGGUAAUCUGGACUGCGAGUUCUGUUCGCCAUUCCUGGUGAAUUCCAUUCUCGCAGAGACAAGUCUUUACUCUGACUAUUGCGAGGUAUUCACGGUUCCGGGCGAGAUGAUAUCCAGAGGGGACCAUUUCUACGAGGAGACGCUGCGAUUGCUUGAAGAAGAGGAGGAACAAGUUAGUCUCCCAACAAUACAGGGUCUAGUCACCUUGUUUGUACGCGUUGCAAUGACGGGAAAAGGUCGCAUUGGGUGGAUGUACCUGGAUAUGGCCAUUCGGGCAGCCAAAGAAUACGACGUAUCGCAUCCGUACCGACCGGCAGACCAGGAAUCAUCAUGGAUCGUGGAGGAUGCUAUCAAUGAGACGCUAUGGGGUGUUUUCAAUAUCUGCUGCACGGUCAACCUGUGCGCACUCAGGCACGUCGACAUGGAGCCUCCGCAACGACCCCGACCUUCGAUGAAUCACGAGAAAGCGAGCGAUAGUUGGACACCGUACCCGAAGCAGAAGGACCCGGUACCAAGCCAUUUAUCCUGCUCGUUUCACCGGUGGUGCGAUUUGUGUUGCAUAAUGAUUGUCAUAACCCGGACAUUCUUCAACUCGGAAGGUAGAUCUUCACCGUCAGACUUGCUGGCCAUUGGUGAGAACAUUGAGCGCCAGCUCCAGUGCUGGUAUGCCAAUCUGCCAGAAUGUCUACGUGUGCGGGAGACAACAGUACCGCACAUACUCUAUCUGCACUUGUUUUAUCACACAGUGCGCGCACAGCUUUACAGCUUCCUCCGAUCGCAAGCCGACGGAGUUGACACAAUAGGCGUGGAGGAAUAUAAAAGCCGUCAUUUCUCCACCGCGCGGCGCAUUGCCGCCCUGUUUGACAUGCACCGUCAGCAAUGGGGCGUCGAACGCAUGCACCAGUCGACGAUACACUGUGUGGCGGUCGGUUGCCUGUCGAUACUUGAAGGGUUGGAAUUUCCAGAGAACAGCCGCGCGUUUGUCACGUUGUGUACUGUUGCGCGAGACUUUGGUCGCCAUUUCGGCCUGGCUCGGGGUGUCCUGCAAGUAAUUCAAAUCGUUGCGCAGAAUAACAGGGUUAUUCUCCCACAAGACACUCAUGCACUUUUUCAGGAAUUUGAAGAGACGCGUUGGACCGGUGAGAGGCCCAUGCAAUCCAGCAGCCUGUACUUUAGUGAGGUGUACCGACUCGCACAAGGGGUUGGUGAUGAUGAGAGAGAUGCACAGCACCAGCCAGACUGGGAUUAUUUAUGA